AUGCCUGACCUCGACAUAGCACCUUCAACAACUGAUAUUAAUUUGUGUAGAAAAAAUCUAGUUAUCUUUAACCAAUUAAUUACGGAAUAUCCAUUAGGAUUUGCUAUGGGUGAAAUAAAUACAGCACUCAAAGAAGCAGUGGAAAAAGGAUGCAAUGUUUCUCCUCCAACAGUCGUUAUCUUAGAAGCUGGACCAGCACCAAACAGUAACCUUGCAGUACAUAAAACUUGUGAAAUGUAUAUAGAAGACCUGAAAUUAAAUCAAGGUGACUCGUUAGACAUUGUAUGUGAUGAGGCCAUUUUUUACAGACUUACAGAUUAUUCCAAUAAUUAA